GCGGCUGGCACACCUGGCAGAACCCGGCAGUCGCUCAUAUUAAUAUUUCCCGAGACACGGCGCCACAUCUUCUAAGAUGCCCGUCCGACGCGCCUGUGAUGUCUGCUUUAAGCGAAAGGUAACGUCCCUGCCGCCUCAUCCGCGGGUACAUCCGCAGUUAGCUCACAGGCGACCGUGCUUUAGAUCCAAUGCUCCAUUCCAAGCCCUGGAUCGCCAUGCGACUGGUGCGACCACCAUGACAUCCCCUGUACUUUUAGAAGGGGGCCACAGACGAAGAAGAAGAAGAAGCCGUUGUAAGUGCUGUGUUUUUGUUUGUAUUAAAAAUAAAAGAAUUCUAUAUAAUAUAACCGCGACGAAAAUUAACAAACGAUGUGAGCAGGGCCUCCAGUGAUACUCUUGGCCAGCUGCGAGCCCAGGUGGACGAGCUAGAAAGAAGGAUGGCUGAAGGUAAAGAUCAAUCUACUGAAGUAACCAGUCUAGCUGUCGAAAGGGACCGGAUAAGUACCAGAAGCCCGCAGUCCGAGGGAAGCCAACCAAGUCCCGCUCCUCCGAAUCAAACCGUACCUGCACCGACGUUAUCAAAUAGAUGCUUGGACGCCAAAUGGUACUUCAAGGGAAUGCAAAUCUUGUCACCACGAGGUGCGGAAUGGAUGUCAUCCAGGACCGGGGAAGCUGUCGAUCUCGAGACGUUUCGGCUCCUCACCACCGUUAACAAGCCGCCAGCCUCUGCUUCUCCACCAUAUUUUCCUCCACAAGAGCUGCACCAGCUCCCCGAAGAGGAGGCAACAUUUGAGGCGAUAGGCAUCUUCAACCAUGCCAGCAUCCAGUAUAGUCUACCAAUGCUUGACCGAGUCCUGUUUCAAGAAACAGUGAAGCGGGCCUACAUGCAGCCCUCGGAUGCGGUCUCAAUGUCCUUGCAGGUGCCCGCAAAGGCAUGUGUUUGGGCUCUCCACGCCAUGACGAACCGCCUACAGCGUAUUUGGGGCCAUGGUGAUCGAGAUAGUGAAAAGAGUGCACAAAAGGCCCUCACCCUUCUCCAACUUGUUGCUGAAACGCCGAGUCUGGAAACCCUCCAGGCCACUCUGCUUCUGCAAAACUAUCAAGCCCUUGGCGGCCAAUGGCGAAAGUCUAGCUUCUUACAUAUGCAAGCAUGCCGCAUGGUGUGUGACCUUGGCGGCCACUUCUUCCAGCCGAGAAAGGGUGCCGUGGCCGAGGAUGGCAUGGCUGCACGCCAGACCCGCUGCAUCAGAGCAUUGUUUUGGUUUUGCUACGUACGUGACAAGGAUAUUGCGCUUCGUUCAGGCACACCGCCGCUGCUCACUGAGGAUUACUGCGAUUUGUCGUGGCCGCCGUUGCCAGGCAUCCUGAGCAACACCAACACGGCAGAGCACACCUACCAACUUUCCAAUGAUCCCCGCCUAAGCAUGAUAAAAGAGAAGGCCUGCCGCCUCUUAUUCUCUCCAAAAGCAUUUCAAUCAGUGGAUAGCGAAAUAUUGCUUAAUAUUCGCCAGCUGGACGUCGAGCUUGAGCAGUGGAGGCUGGCGAUUCCUUCUACGAUACGACCUAGGCUUGCUAUUCCCGCAGGCCAGCCUCUGCUUCCAUCCGACGCUAGCAUGUUACAGAGGAUUCAGUGCAUAAACCUCCAGCUUGAUUACCACUAUACUGUCGCCACUUUGCAUACCACGGUUCGAAGGUGUGGUAAUACAAAAGAAGACGAGAUCUUACCCGAAGAUCUCCACAAGGUUAUUCAUUCUAGCGUUGACUUGUCCAUUGAGGCCAGCCGCUCAACAUUGGCCUUUUUCCGAACCUCUGUAGAUAUAUUGGGAGAAGGCGCAUUUCAGUACAUAUCAUUAUACGUGUUAAACGCCGCCAUGGUGUUAUUCGUGAAUAUCCUUAUCCAUCCAUACUACCGUGGAGCGCAGUCCGAAUUCGAUCUGUUAACCGCGGCCGUUGAUGUUAUCCAAGGCAUCUCCUCUCGCGCUUUGUCCACAUACGAGAUGACGCACUUGCAAGAAAUCACCCGCUUCAUAAAGGAGCUUGUUAGGCUUGGGAAGUGUUCAAUUUCUAGACCGGGAAUUGAGGACGAUCACCACCACCAUCAUGAUCAUCGCCAUGAUCAUCACCAUAAUGAAUAAGUCCGGGUGCUCUGGUAGUCUGAUAAGAGUAGAAGGUCAGGCAACCAGUUUGUGCGUUUGUUUGUUGUAAGAGCGGACGUCUCUACCAAGCUCCAACAUUGAGUAUCAAGUAUAACUUAUAUAAAUUAUAAAUAAUGUACAUCUACUACGCUAAAUUAGCAUACAAAAUGGAGACAAAUCAAACAAGCAAGAAAAAUAGGUUACCACUGGUGUUCGCUCGUCGCCACUAGGGCCACUCUGAUCUGUCGAUUACGGGGUUAGCUAUGGGAGACAGGACGAGACGCCGAGUUAUUCUAUUGAGAUAAUUGCUUUUACUAGAAGGGGAGCUAGCUUACUGUAUAGCAAUAGAUAUACUAACCAUAGAGAGAGAGG